AUGGCUUUAUUGCUCGACGGCCGUAAUGCCUUCGAUCCCGUACAUGUUCGCCUCAGGCAUCCCCAGUCCCGUGGCAUAGGUUCGGAGUCGAAUCAGAGAGGAGGUCGGAGAAGGAUCAUCCAUGGUAUACAAGAAGAGUCAUAUGAAGAUGAUGAAAGUACGAGGAAAAGAUCAUUUGAACUAAAUUUCGAGAAGUUUCACGACGUGCCCUUCUGGAAGAGGGGAAGUCUCGGCCGCUUGGAGGGUAGCCACCCAAAACUAGUCUCUGUGCAGGCAGCAAGCAUUGAUGCUGCUGCCAGCCAAGUUGGAGACGCUCUAAAAGGCAACGCACCGGAUGAUCUCAUUUUGUCACCUGGGACUGCAGCUGAAAAAUGCCGGCGAGUACUACAGAAGACAUAUUCCCUUUUUCACGACAGUGAUUCCGAAGACAUCGACCCUCCACUUACCGCCCUGUUAGCCGAUGUGGAACCGGAAGAAGAGCCCAAGCGGAAAGUCGCCAUCCACUCGGGAGUCGUCGCACUUGGUCUUGUCCAGGCUGGCUCGACCUUGGCGUCUUCCGUGGGUGGUGGUAUUGGGCCAGAGAUCUUGGUCAAGUCAGAGUGUAUUGAGAGGAUGGACAAGACGACGCCGACUCCCCUUCUAGCACAUGACACAUUUACUACCGGGUUCGAACAUGAAUGA